AGCUCAGCCGUGUUCGCCGGUGUACCGGGCGCGACAUCGGUGUCGCGCGGCAAGCGGCGGUUCCAUGGCGCCAAGUGAGAAAGGCCAAGGUGAACCGACCAUGACCGACUUUGCUGGCAUCCUCUUAGCAGACCUCUCGAGCUUUACGGCUCGAGCUUUAAAAGACGCGAAUCAGACGCUCACUGCUGUGGAGACCUUCGUGUCUCCCUACACCAGCCAUUUGAGACCCUGGAGGGAGUUCCUGGAUUUGGAGCUGCCCGAGUUGGACUCCGAUGCGGAUUUCCUGCAACGCAUCGUCCGAAAUAUUGCCCACUUUCAGGCGAAUUAUCUCACCAUAGGCUCGUGCGUCUUCGCAUUGGCGGUCUAUUGCCGGACCAGCUGGCUCCUGGCCAUGCUGCUUUUGCUGGCCCUGUGGGGCUGCUACUUCGCACGCGGUGGCUUGGAUCCAGCCUGGAAGCCCCUGGUCUUCGGAGUGGAAGCAACGGCCUCACAUCGAUUAGCUUUGAUGUACGCAGGCUCGUUGUCGUUGAUCUUCUUAGUCUUCGGGCAAGUGGUGCUGGUGCUCAUUGGCAUUUUAGGGACGCUCACUAUGGCACAUGCCCUUUGCAAUGCCACACUGUGGCGGCUUCCAGCCACUGCAGCGCCGAAUCAGCAACUCCGGGCUGGGGCGAACGCCGAGCCGCAAAGACCGGACCCGGAGUUCGCCAGACCCAGCGCCAUCGUGUGAAGACCUUCGCCGGUGACUGCGCCAGCCAUCGUUUCGGGUGUGGUGUUUGUGGCCUGAGCCCGUCACUUUGAGCAGCGUAGCGAGGGCCUAUGAGAUCCAAGUGAGGAUGUACAAUACCCCAUUCACCGCAUACACUCCAUGUUUGCCAUACAUGGCCUAUAUGUGCCG